CAGGCUGACAAGAGCAUGUCAUAUGAUAAUAGAGGCUAUCUUUUCAGCUCUCUGAUUGUGACUUUGACGCGGGGAGGAAGAGGCAGCGGUUUUGACUCCCGCAGAGCGACUGGACUUGACAAACUUCUUUCUUCUGCUGUGAGUAACAGGCCUUUUACCAUGAGCGUUUGCACACUAGCUACAGAUACUGGGAAUGAGAAGGAAUUUAAAAUGGAGAGAAUGCACUGCCAGCCUUCACGUGUCCUUCAUCUUUGCCGACUUCCAGAUGAUGUUACUACCGCAGAGGUCAUUUCAUUAGGCCACCCUUUUGGUGAAGUAACCAACGUUCUGCUGCUAAAAGGGAAAAAUCAGGCGUUUUUGGAAAUGGCCACUGAAGAAGCUGCUGUUAAUAUGGUGAAGCACUAUGUUCCUAGUAAACCUCUUAUCCGCAGUCAGCCUAUUGACAUUCAGUAUUCCAAUUACAAAGAACUCCAGACUGGACACCUCUCUGUAAGUAUAUUAUUUCCAUUUUGUAAGAUAGAGUUGCACGUGAGUUGUGUGCUAGUUUUGGCUGGGAUAGAGUUAAUUGUCUUCACAAAAGGACAAGGUGCAGUGCGAGCUGCGAGGUAUGGACACUUGGCUGCUGCAGGUGCUCAUGUUGCUGAAGGUGGGCUCAAUCCAAGUCAAGGCGCUGUCCUUCGAAUCGUUUUGGAAAAUCCUUUCUACCCAAUUACUUUAGAAAUGCUGCAUCAGUUUUUUUCUAAAUUUGGAUCUGUUUUGAAGAUUAUCACCUUCAGUAAGAACAAUAAAUUCCAAGUUUUGCUCGAGUAUGCUAGCCCAGUGAAUGCCUGUUGUGCCAAAAUGGCUCUGGAUGGCCAGAAUAUCUACAAUACACGCUGCAUUCUGCAUGUUGAAUUCUCCAGGUUACCCAACCUUAAGAUAAAGUACAACAAUGAUAAAAGCAGAGAUUUCACCCGCUUUGACCUUCCUCCUGGUGAUGUCCAGUCAUACAUGGAGGCACUGCCGAUGGCCCCUACCUUUGCCGCUCAAAAUACCAUCCUCCCACCAUAUGCAGGGGCUGCUGGAUUUAUGGGCUUUACUCAGGGUUCUGGUAUUCCAGUUCCAGUACUUUCUGGAGUAAUUGGCUCUGUACCAGUCACCACACCAGCAGUGCCUGGGCUGAGGGCUGUUCACAAUGUUACCGGUAUUCCUGGAAGUUCUGUUUUACUGGUGAGAAACUUCAACUCUGAAGCCAUCACAAUACAUGGACUUUUCAUCCUGUUUGGUGUGUAUGGUAAUGUGCUUCGUGUGAAGAUCAUGUUGAAGAAUAAAACUGCUCUGGUUCAGAUGAUGGACUCAGUCCAGGCUCAAUUAGCUGUCAGCCACUUAAAUGGGCAGCGGAUUUAUGGACAGGUCCUCCAGGUUUGCCAUUCAGAGUAUCAGACAAUUCAAUAUCCUCAAUGGGGAGAAGGGGACCACGAGCUGGCAAAGGACUAUAGCAAUAGCCCUUUACAUCGUUUUAAGAUGCCUGGCUCUAAGAACUCCCGAAAUAUCUCUCCUCCUUCUGACACCUUGCAUCUCUCCAGCAUUCCGUGUUCUGCUACUGCUGAUGAUAUGAAGGAACUUUUUGCAAGAACAGGAUCUACUGUGAAAGCCUUCAAAUUCUUUGAGAGAGAUUGCAGAAUGGCUCUUAUCCAGAUGGGCUCUGUGGAAGAAGCAAUUCAAGCUCUCAUUGAGCUUCACAAUCAUGACUUUGGAGAAAAACAUCAUCUCCGAAUUUCCUUCUCAAAAAUGAAAAUCUGACAUUUCUGUGAAGUUUCCUUUCAAAACUACAGUAUAGCUUUAGUAAAACCUUUAGAGGCUGAAAUACCUGUGACAAUCUCUAUCUCUUUAAAGAAAAAGCUCAUUCAUGCACGGAAUAAUUUUUUCUGAUUUUAGCUGCCAAUAUGUGAUCAAAGUUCAAUAUUCAUACAGUGAAAGGAUUCUUCUAUGAAAUUGUAUUAGCAACAAUAUCUGUCACCAAACUGCCUACUUAAAAUUAUGAGAACAUUC